AUGCAUACAAAUAUAAUCUAAUUUAGGUAGCACAGCUCGCUGCGGCUGUAAUAUUGGCAAAUUAUGUGAUCUGCCAUGUAUAAGCAUUCAUCUUUUCAGGAUAGUGAGGAACACACGGAGGAUAUUUUAUAAAGGAAUACCUGUUAUAUUUGAAACAAGACAUGAGUAUUCCAAGUACAAAUAUUGACCAUGGAUAUGCCUGGGUAGUUCUUGGUGCUUGUUUCACUAUCGAGUUCCUCUGUGGCGCAUUGAUCUGCUCUGUUGGGGUGCUUACACCAGCGAUGUUGGAGGAAAUUGACGGUGACUUGGUCAAAGUGUCAUGGAUUGGAUCAACUCUGUUGGGGACAUUUUCAAUGUGUGGACCAUUUGUAGGAAGUAUUGAAGGCCGACUGGGACACAGACUGGCCAGUUUUCUGGGCGGCAUCAUGAUACUUGUAGGACUGACAUCCGCAUCCCUCUGCAGAACUGUGACUGGAUUGAUCCUCACCUUCGGUGUAAUAACGGGUUUAGGUUGUGGCCUGGCUGCUAAUGUGAGUGGUGUGGCUCCCAGCAACUACUUCAAAAAGAGACUCCCAGUGGCGUACGGUAUCUGCAUGUCUGGAGGUGCAUUAGGACUACUUGUAGUCGGUCCAUUAACGGUAUUUCUGUUGGAAGUGUAUACCCUGUCCGGAACGCUGCUAAUUUUGGGUGCCAUCGGAUUCCAUGUAUGCUUAGCCGGAGCUCUGCUUAGACCAUCGUCUACACUGAUGCUUGAGAUAGCAGUUUCAGAAGAUGACACUGAUAGUUGUGUAGAUGUACCACAAGGACCUGCUGAGCAUGUAGAUGUACCACAAGGACCUGCUGUGUGUAGAGAUGCCCCACAAGGAUGUGCUGAUUGUGUAGAUGUAACAGGAGGAUCUGCUGAUUGUGCAGAUGAACCAGGAGGACCUGCUGAGUGUGUAGAUGCACCAACAGGACCUGAAGAUCUAUGUGCACAGAGUGAGACAACUGUUACUCUUUCCCACCAAGAAGAUGACGGACAUAUCUUCUCGCCAACAGAUAAUAAUGAUGACACAGAAGCACGCAUUCCUGACCCUGGUACUUCGAAAGAAAACAAUUCAGGGACAGAAAAUGCAGCUGUUGCACCUCUGCUGGAACAGAACUCAUCUUCGUCAAAGAUACAUUCACGGUGCAGGACAAUAAGAGAACGAUGCUGCAAUCUCACCAGUGCCGUCUUCGCCAUGUGUAUACCUCUGUUCAAGAAAGACAUAUGA